AUGCCCGACCCGGCCAAGUCGGCUCCCGCCCCUAAGAAGGGCUCUAAGAAGGCGGUGACAAAGACCCAGAAGAAGGGUGACAAGAAGCGGCGACGCAGCCGCAAGGAGAGCUACUCCAUCUACGUGUACAAGGUCCUGAAGCAGGUGCACCCCGACACCGGUAUUUCUUCGAAGGCCAUGGGCAUCAUGAAUUCCUUCGUCAACGAUAUCUUCGAGCGCAUCGCCGGCGAGGCGUCCCGCCUGGCCCACUACAACAAGCGCUCCACCAUCACCUCGCGGGAGAUCCAGACGGCUGUCCGGCUCCUGUUGCCCGGCGAGCUGGCCAAGCACGCCGUCUCCGAGGGGACCAAGGCCGUCACCAAGUACACCAGCUCCAAGUAA